AUGAGCAACCAUAAAACAAGAUUCACUCGCUCGUUUGAUGACGGAUCCGGAAAUGCACCGCGAAGCACGUGCUUAUUUCGCGCCAAAUUGAAACACUCACGCAGUCAGUCAGUCAGUCACUCCGCGGCAGCACGCCACUCUUUUAUACUUUCUUUGUAUCUGUUUUUAUCGAAGCUCCACAUGGAGGAGGCCAGGCAGCUGAUCGGAGCCGGGCAGAAGCUGCUGGUGGUCGGGAAGCCGCUGGAGGCGGUGACGGCGCUGCAGGAGGCCUGCGCCCAGCUAGCUAAGAAGUAUGGAGACACGGCAGACGAGUGUGGAGAAGCGUUCUUCUGGUGUGGUAAAGCCCUGCUGGAUGUGGCCAGGAUGGAGAACUCCGUCCUGGGCAACGCUCUGGAGGGGGUGCCGGAGGAGGACGAACCAGAAGACGAACCCAAAGACUCCAACGUCGAGGGCACAGAGAAGGUGGAUGAGAAGACCAGGGACGAGCUGAGGGCUCAGGUGUACGACGCCAUGGCCGAGAAGAAGAAAGAGGAUGCAGAAGAGGGUAAAGAUGAAAAGACGGAGGCUGAUGGUCGUCAAGGGAAAGCGGAGAAGGCGGACGAGGAAGAUGCCGGGGAGGCUGGAGAAGAGAAAUCCAAAACUGAGGAGAAAACUGACCAGGAGCCAGCGGAGAAGGAGGAGGAACGUCCUGCUGAAGUCAAAACUGUUGAUGAGCAAGAAGGAUCAACUCCCAAAGAAGAAGAAUCAACUCCCAAAGAAGAAGAAUCAACUCCCAAAGAAGAAGAAUCAACUCCCAAAGAAGAAGCGGCUGGCGACGGGGAGGAAGCGGCUGAUGAGCAAGAAGAAGAAGCAGGAGGUGAGGAAGAAGACGGUGAUGCAGAGAUGGAGGCUGACGUAGCGGAUGCGACUUCUGAGAAGUCCCAGGACAGCGAGGACGAGGGCGUGGGGAACCUGCAGCUGGCCUGGGAGAUGCUGGAGCUGGCUAAAGUCAUCUACAAGCGAAAGGACAGCAAGGAGGACCAGCUGAUGGCGGCUCAGGCCCACCUGAAGCUCGGGGAGGUUUCUCUUGAAUCAGGAAACUACACCCAAGCGCUGGAGGACUUCCAGGCGUGUCUGGCUCUGCAGGUGACUCACCUGCCCCCGGACAGCCGGCUGCUGGCCGAGACUCACUACCAGCUGGGCAUGACCUACGGCCUGACCCACCGCUACGGCCAGACCGUCACGGAGCUGAGCAGCUCCAUCUCCGUCAUCACCAGCAGGCUGGAGAGACUUCAGGAGACGCUGGAUAAAGCCGACGGCCCCGACGCUCUGCCGGACGAGAGGAAGGAGAUGGAGGAGCUGAAAGCUCUGCUGCCAGAGAUCCAGGAGAAGGUGGAGGACGCCAGGGAGAGCCUGAAGAGUCUGAGCAAGGCUGUUGAGCGCUCCAAUUCUGAGUCUGGUGUCAACAGUGAAGACUCUUCGUCCAGUUCAGCAAUUCCAAGCACUUUAACCAGCAAAGCGGCCGGCACAGUUCCAGUGUCUGACAUCUCCCACCUGGUCAGAAAGAAGAGAAAACCCGAGGAGAGUCCGGUGAAGGCGGGCGACGCCAAGAAGGUGAAGCAGGACGGCCCGGGGCCCGGAGCCAAUGGGCUGCACAAAGCCAACGGAGACUCAAACGGACUGGCCGAGAACAUGGAGACCGAGAAAUGAGUUUGAAUGUUGAGACGGUUGAACGACCUAAACAUGUCACUUUCAUUUAGUGUUCACGUUGUUCAAGUUGUGCACGAAGUUUGUCGUGUUUGAAAUGCGUGUCUCUUCAGAGUGAAGGUUUGCUCUGUUCACGAAAAUGUUGAAGUCUGCCUGAAUAAGCUUGUUUCCUCCUGUAAAUAUGUUCCCUUUUCUACGUCUGUUUGUUCCCAUUAAAGUUGUAUUCAUAAAUAAACAUUGUUGGGUAAAACUGA